UUUCGUUUUGCAGGGAAAUUAAAACGUGUUUCUUGGACAUUAAAUGGAACGCUAGUAAGCAACUCAUUUAACAGAGCAACAUAACUAAUAGACGUCCUCUAAAUAUAGUAAGACAUGUUUAAUAUAAUCACCGGUAAUUUAAGCUUACUAUCUUUACGUGAAAGGUGCUUUUAAGGUAUGAUCCAACGUUUUAAAAUAAAUAGACAUAACAAUUACUAUGAUAGCAUUACAUUGGACCACUGGAGGCUUUCGGACUCUCUUAUUCGCUGUGUUACUGUAUGGAAUAAAUACAGCAACGGCGGAUGGGUGUAAUUUCCCUGAGUACGCUCAAAGUCCUCUGGACGAGUAUGGCGAACCCAUGGCAUGGCACACGAGGGUAUGGUGGCUCAACCUUCGCCAUGAACCUAAACUCCGAGAAAUGCAAGAAAUCUACGUCCAGAAAUCUCAAAUCUGGAGCCUGCGACAGAACAACAAAUUGUCUUGCGACCGGAAGUCCAAGCGAAUGAACCAUCGGGCGAUUUCGUCGUUCUUUGGUUCUUGUUCGGAAAAGUUUUUGCUUUACAACAGGACUUGUCUGACCGAGGAAAGGUUUAAUCGAUUCCGUGUGAUACAAUACGGACCGGGCAGGCAACCGACGUUUGUGUGUCUGAAAUUGGUGAAGCGUAGCGAAACUAUAAUACAGGUGAUGGAAGGGCCAACGAUGGAAAGCAACGACCCGAACUUGUGCGACGAACGAAAGCUUGUAUUUGAUGAAUGGCCAUGGAUUGCCCCGUGGCGGAAGGAGGUGGUCACGUGUCCCAUCAGUGGAGGAUUUAUGUUCAGGACCAUGAACAAACUCACCACGCAGGAUUUCUGUGAAGACGAAUGGCGGAAAUCUCGUCUGGAGGUGGACUGUGCCAAGGGCGACGGUCUGCACUUCAUAGCGCCACGAGGUAGCAGGUGCAAUCCCUUCUCAUCAACGUCGGAAGAGUCCAAGUUCUACUGUUGGGCCGGCUGGCAGGAGAAGACGUACACAUUCCUGGUGGUGGGAGACAAAUCGGGACUUCCACAGUACUGUCUCCGCUUCCCUCGCGAUAUUUCUCACGAGUUCACGGUAAUGGUGUACUUUAGUGUCCUCUGUCCGCUGCAAGCAGACGGGAUGCCGCCGACAGGGAUAGAAUAUCACGAAAUGCAAGUGGAAACAUUAGUUGACCGCUGUGUGGACGACGAUCAUGACCGCUGCGAUGAGGUGGCGAGGAAAGGACAGUGUAAGAAGGAGGAAAAAUAUGCCGCACAUUGCCAGAGGGCGUGCAAUAAAUGUGGAGAGCAAAAUAACUUACUGGAUAUCACGUGCCCAUUUUCAUCUAGCGUCCAGGGCGACUGGCUGUAUAUCGACAAACAUCACAAAGAGGAUGUUCACAUCAACCAGUCGACCGUAAUUUUCGGCAGACUGGGCUCAUUUCUAUGCAAAGAAAGAAGCGUCUUCAGUGAUAAAUUGUUUAAAACAGUCACAUUGUUUGAUAACGGCUGCGCCAUGAGAUACACCUGUUUUGAAUUCCAGCGACGGACCAACAACGUUUUGCAGGUUAGAAUAGGGCCGAGCUCGCGACUGGACGCCUCCUUUACGGACCUGUGUGUGUUUGAGGACAACAUAAGCCCAGUGGUAGACGGCUACCAGAGCAAGAACAUGAAAAAUCUAAUCCUUUCCGGUCGACUUCGUGACGAACACUGCGGUUUCAGUCACUUGAUCCCAUUCAACGGCAGUGUGUACGGAGAGCCGUGUGCAGGAAGUGUCUCCGACUGGGACUCGGACGCAUGCGUGACACGAGGAGUCAUCACCCUUACCUCCGACAGCUGCAGUAACCUGGAGAAACCCUUGGAGUACCAAUGCCUGGCGUUUCUAAGCGAUCAUCCAUUGGAGAAAUUUCUCAUAACCAGAUCCCUCGUGAGUGGCGAAUAUAACUGCUGGAUUCUUACCAGCUUCUUAUGCGACACGUGGCGCUGGCAGUAUCGCGCCCUGUAUAAGCUGGACACGCCCCAGUGCCUCGCCCUCUCCGACAGCGCAUGCGUAUUGGACAGGCCACCUGAUCUUCUGCUCUACCUUCACGAUGAGGACAAGACUCGUCACUGCAAAGGUUUUGUGAGAACGCACAUUGCGCCAUCGGAAUCAACUAUGACUUCACUUACUAAAUCCAACCCAACACAAGUUGACAACGAUAUCGUGGAUGCAAAUAUGCCGUACCUCGGGUCCGAUACUGGGUCUAAGUCACACGGGAUAUACCAGAUGGACUCGGUUGGACGAAUAGAGAACAUGGCGUCAUCGAACGGCAUCAACAUCAUGAAGAACUACGUCAUACAAGCACAAAUUGCAAUAUUACUGUUCCUUGUUCAUGUGACAAUAAUAACACAAAUAAUCAUCUUUCCGACGUGAUAUCGAUUACCAAAACAUUAAGAAUUUCCAUAAUAUGUGAUAUAUGGUAGUUCAAGAAAAUAAAUACCGAUACAAUAAGACACACUUUAUAUAGAAGAAACUGGGAGUGGCUUAAAGUUUAUGAUCACAAAUAACUGUAACUAUGCUAAUGUGUGUUAAUAAAAACGGUGUUUCCCAAAAAAUCUUCGUAAGUUCAUUUGUAUUGAUAACCUUUAAAGGUGCGUUAUUCAUACACGUUUCUAUGGCUUAAAUUCAAAGCCUUGAAGUAAGGCCAAUGAGUAAGUUACAGUAAAUCAGUCACUAUUGCCAAUGAAAUAUUUUCAAUCAUCGAUACAUUCCGAUAUUAUUUUGUGCAAAAUAUGUCGAAAUUUUGAUUUAUUAAUUUGAUUAAUGAACACGAUGUGUAAAUUUCACUAGAAGAAAAGCAGCAUCAUUUGAAAACCGGAAUAUUUUUUAUCGACACAUAUUGCAUGCGAUUAAAAAAUAUCAUAUAACACUGUUGUAAAGUAGAAACUAGUGUAAUGAUUUUAGGAAUCAUUAUCAAUGUGUUUUGUUAAAUGAUGUAUACGAUGUCGAUGUCUUCAUUGUUUCUGUUUUGCUUCAUUUUACCUUGGGCAUUGAAUAUAUGCACACAGCUAUCUCACACUUCGAAAUAGUCAGUAUUUCAACGAGUCCUUCAAGUAUUGGUAAAUUAUUUGAUCGAAUAAAAUAGCAUGUAAAUGUUGAGAUUUGUUAAGCAUCGCUUAAUUAACUUUUUGUGUAUUAAAGACUAACCAGGUAUUAUUUAUACCAAUUAAAUGCCCCUAGAUGUCUGACAUUCUAGUUUGAUUUUCAGUUUAGAGCAUUCGCAUGUGCAUUGAAAACUUGUACAAGUACGGUCAACUUUACUCACAUUUCGACACGGUUAGUUUGUACGCAAUGCUACGCCCUUGAAUAACCGAUCGAGUAUUAUGAUUAUAAAUACGGAAACGCAAUGGUGGACUACCUUAAAUAUGGUAUAAUAACAAGUACAAUAACGAUUCUAUGCACGCUAUAGUAUACGCUGAUUAUAUUUCUUUUUUUAUAUACGUCUGGUAAAAAAAAAUCCCUGAAAAUCUGCUACCUAAGGUUAUUACAGUUAUCUAUAGAUGUUUAGAUUUACAGUCUAUACCCAGUCCCUCACCUUUGUAUACACUGUUUGUACAGUGGACUUAGUAAUUCACACGUUUCAUUUGUACUUUUCAAAUGCUAUGUAUAUAUCAACCAUCGCCUGUGAUCGUUUGUGGGU